AAAGUUUUUUGGGUGUUCGUUAGACGUUGCUAUACUCAGCUCGACGAGCUCUAUCGAUUGGCUAACUCAGAUUUUAAUUUGGGGGUGUUCGUGGCUGUUCGUAGCUGUUCGUGGGUGUUCGCGUGUUUUAGCAAUACCCAAAUUUUUACUGUUACUGCACACAGUGUUCCUUUAGAACAAAAAAAAUCAUAACUUUUGACAGAAGUAAUAGGGGCCCAAAUCCUUUUAGAAUUUUUAUCAGUUCACUUUCCUCUAUUAACUAGUGUAAUAUCAUUAAAAACCGAGUUGGACACCUGAAAACCUUUCCUCGUUAAUGUCCUUGGGUCCCCUUUUCAUAGGGGGACCCAAGGAUCGGAAGAUCUUUCCUUGUGACGACAUUAUUUAGACUGUGAACUACACUCUGAUCUUGAGUUAAUUUCUAGUUUAUGGAAAAUUGACCCAAAAUUCGCAGAGGAGUUUUUCAGUUUAGAGAAAUUCCUCGAGGAAUCUUCGUCUUUAUAGAAAUUCCAUUUGAAUUUCUCAGAAGCAUGAGGGUCGGGGUCAAUCCCAACACAACCUGAUCGCGCCGCCACUCGGUGUAGACUCGCCAAGGCAUUUCCAGUUUAUAGAAAAUCAAAAAGGAACUUCUAAACUGCAAAUUCCUUGGCAAAUUUCCAUCAGUUUAAAAAUUAUUUAUGGAAAUUCGAGGAGGACUUUCCCAGAUUCUUAGAAAUUAUUUAUGGAAAUUCAACGACGAUUUUCUAGAUUGUUGAAAAUUCGAUUUUCUAUAAACUGGAAAAUCCUGGAGGAAUUUCUAUAGGUAUUCUUUGAAAUUCGCCGAGCAUUUUCCAUGAAUAAGUUCCAACCUUACAGUGUAGUGUUAUGGGAUAAUACGUUUUUUUUAGCAGUUGUACCGUAUAAAAUUGUUUCAUCGUUCUAUUUUAGCAACGUUUCGAAACAAGAAAGAGUUAGAGUUAAUCGAGGAUGACUUUAAUCGACUAGUGGACAAGGAUUUAAAUUUUAUUUUGAGACAAAAAUAUGAUCAAUAUUUACCAUCGACUAUUAAACAACUGAAGUUACAAGAUCAAUUAAUUGAAAAAUUUGACAUAAUUCUCAAAGUGAUACAAGAUGAACUAAAAGUAUUAAAACAUCAGAAUACCGAUUAUUUUCAAGAAAUGAAACAUUUUCUUGUGGCAAAUAAACAAACGGUUACUGGUAAACCGCACGAUUAUAUUCAAAAAAUUGUGUACACAAAUUUAGAUAUAACAGAAAGACAAAACAAAAGAUUUCUUCAACAAAUUAAAGAUUUAUCAAGUGUGAUUGAAUUGAUUGACAAGAUAACAGCGUCUCGAACGAAGUCGAUGCCGUUGACAGCUGAUCAAGAAGCUCAACUUGAAUUUUUACAAAAUAAAUAUGAUCAUUUUUAUGGUAUUGUUCAGAAUAGUAUUAAUGCUGAAAUAUUAGAAGAAAUUGAUAGUAUACCAGUUGAAAAUCGAAAAGAAAAAUUCAGUCGAAUUCAACCAAUAUUGACACAUUUGGAGAAAAAUAUUGAAAAUAAUUUGAUUAAAUUGGAAAAAGAAAAAUAUGAAUUAGAAAAAAAAAUAGAAAUAAUUACGAGAAAAGAUGAACAAAAGCAAGUACUAACAAUUGACUCACAAACAACAUUAGGAAAGGAUGAAUCAAUUGAACUAAAAUUGGCUACGAUAAAUGCUUAUAUUCAACAAUCUAAAUUGGAGAGUGCGAAUGUUCGAGUCGAAUAUUUUGCUCAACAAAUUCAGCAGUGUACCAAUGAGCUGAAGUCAUUGCUACUCAAUCAUCCAUUAAGUGUAUUCAUAAUACUAUCACUUCAAAAAACGAUUGAUAGUCUCAGGUCCUAUGAGCACCAACUACAUCUCGCAUUAACAAGACAAGAUGAACAAUUGAAUGUUUUAAAUAGAGAUUUAAAAGAAAACCAAAAUAACGACUAUUUAUUGGAUGCCCUAGCUCGAGAAGAGUUAACACAGUUGCAAGAUCAGCAUACAACACUCAAACAUCACCACAAAAUGACUACAGAUUUGACACAAAUUAUCACAAAUACCAGGGUUGAAGUGCAAGCAUUUUCUGAUAGGCCGAAAGAAAAAUCAGCACAAAUGGGAUACGAAUUAAUGAGGAAUACUAUUGAAUGGAGCAGAAAUGAAGCUGACGAAGAUCAGAGUUUAGUGAAUAAAUUAAUAAAAGACAAAGCUGUUGAUAUAUCCAAACAUGAUGAUCGAGAAAUUAAACUCGUUCUUUCGAGUGGAUCUGCUACUCAAGUUCAAAUAGAAUCAAAACUUGAAACUAUUGAAACGGAUUUUGACACUUUUCAAGUUCAAAUGAAGAAUACUGCACAAUUCGACACUGAUGUAACGAAGAAAACGUUGAAGCUCUACGAUCUGCCUGAAACAGAUCAAACUCGGCUAUUCGAACCUGAAAGUAGACAUAUACAUCAACAGUAUAUGGAUGAAAAAACCAUUGGCGAUGUAUCACAACAAAUGACAACAGAGAAAACAACUAAAACAAAAAUUGAAUUGAUUGAUACAGGCAAACAACAAUUGGGCAUGACAAAAUUCGAGGAUAAUCCAAAAGAAGAGAUACCAUUCAAAGAGGAUAUACUCGGUAUAGAAAAAGAGCAGACAGACUUAUCGUCUAUUGUUUAUUAUUCGUCGGAUCAAAAAGAGAUUGAAGAUCGUACAUUAAAGUCGACAGAAUACAACUGGGAUACUGACGACCAGAUGGAAGAACAAGAAAUACAUGAUAUUGUGAGUACUGGAAAAGAAACGCCGUUGCCAGAAUCAACAACACCCAAAUCCAUAAACGAAAUCACUUAUUUAAUGGCCGAAAAUGCUAUUCAAGCAUUAUCAGGAAAACAAAAAUCCAAUUUGUCGAUAAUGUCAAAAAUAAAUGCUGCAAUGGACAAACUUAAAGAUCGUCUCGAUCAGUUGUCACAAGAAAAAACGAUAACGAAACAAUCAAGAGAAGAAAAAAAACAAAUUGAAGUUCAAAUAAAAGAAUUGGAAACGACGAAAACAAGAAAAAGAUUGUUUGAUAAUCGAGUAGUCAGAUUUGUUGAUGAUAUUCACGUACUAGGUAAUCGAUUGAAUAUGGCUCAAGAUCGUGUAGAAGAAAUUGAAUUGCAACUGAAUAUUUUGGACAAAAUAGCUGAAGUCGACAAAGAAUUGAUCGAUCCAAAAUUAGUUAAAGAGAAAUUAUACGAUCACGAAACAUUGCAAUCAUUACGUGCACAAUUGCGAGCUGAGAAAAGCGUGCACGACGCCAUUCAAAAAACAGACACAGAAUCAAAAAAAACAUCUCAGCAAAGCUCAUCAUUGAUGAUAAGCGAACGAACACAAUUAAUGAUAAAUCUUGGACCAUCUAAAGUAGCAGAGGAGAGCAGCGAAAUGGAUCUACUAACACCGACUAAAAUUGUGAAAAUACAAAGAAAACCUGUAUUAUUCGAAAGAUCUGAAGAAGAAGUGACAUUGAAUCGCAUACAAUUGCCAGAAACAGCGAAACUAGUUGAAAAAUCAAUAAAUAAGACAUCGAUAACACUUAAUGUAAUAUCGAGAGAUGAAAUACUAGAGAAAACAAUUCCCUCUUUGCCGGGUGCAGAAGUUGAUACGCUAGCGAAAGAUGAAGAGCUGAGAGCAUCAUUAAAACUACAUGAAGUUGAUGAAGCUAUACAUAAAGUCGAUGCUGAUAAACAACUAGCCGAUUUAGAAGAUAUGAAACAAUCGUUAAAGGCUGUAUUUGAAGAAGUUAAAAACGGACCUCUUGGUCAAACAAUCACCAAAAUUCAACAGAAUGAUGUGAAACAAAAACAAAUGUCCGAUGAUGACAAUCAAGGAGAAAUUAUAGAACCAAAAGUGAGUAGUUCCAUUUUCUAAGGUAAAACUAAAAUUUUUCUAAUACAUUUUAUGUUUUGUUAACGAACCAAAUAUUUAUAUAACUUACAGACUUUCUUUUAUCUGAAUUCGCAAUCAGACAAAUCGUUUUGGGUAUUGCUAAAAGACGCGAACACCCACGAACAGCUACAAACACCCACGAACACCCCCAAAUUAAAAUCUGAGUUAGCCAAUCGAUAGAGCUCGUCGAGCUGAGUAUAGCAACGUCUAACGAACACCCAAAAAACUUUUUAUAGUUUCGCUUUUUA